AUUUACCUGGUCAUGCAGAUGAAAUUUAUGCAGUGGAUUGGUCUCCAGAUGGGUUGCGUGUUGCAUCUGGUGGAAAAGAUAAAGUUUUGCGACUUUGGCAGAAUUGAGUAAUGUGGACUUCCAGAUCCAGUGGGGCCAAUUUGAUCAGUACCAGUCUGAUUUUAAAGAAAAUAAGAGGAUCCCGACACGCGGUUCGCGCGUUCAAUCGAUCAGUCGUUCUGUCGAAAGCAUCAGGAUCGGCGAUCAUGUCGAGCGAGCUGGACAUCAGGAAUUACUUUGAGUUUGCCAAAGAGUUAAUCUUGAAAGCAGGCGAAAUAUUUAAAUGCGGUUUUGAAGGAGAGAAAAUUGUAGAAACUAAAGGUCAUGAAUGGGACCUUGUUACAGAUUAUGAUAAAAAAAUUGAAGAUAUAUUGGUCAAAAGUCUGAAAGAAAAAUUUCCAGAUCAUGAAUUCAUUGGAGAAGAGACUACGGCUAGCGUUAAAAAUGCGCCAGUAUUAACAGACAAACCUACAUGGCUCAUAGAUCCCAUAGAUGGAACUAUAAAUUAUAUAAAUACAAAUCCGAACACCUGUAUUUCCGUCGCCCUAGCAGUUUGCAAGAAAAUCGUAGUAGGAAUUAUUUAUAAUCCAAUCACUUCAGAACUGUAUACCGCGAUUAAAGGACACGGCGCAUUUCUAAACGACAAACCUAUUAAAACUUCACACAAUACUGAACUAAGAAAGUCUUUGAUAGAGCUCGAGUUAUUCUCGCUUCGCAUUCCUUCAAAAAACCGAGACAUCAGAUGGGGAAGAUUCGAGGCUCUUCUUAACGCUUCACAAGGAGUUAGAUUUUUGGGAUCAGCUGCGCUGGCUUUAGCAUACGUAGCAAGAGGCGCGAUAGACUGCUUUCAAAUGGAUCAUCUUCAACCUUGGGACGUAGCAGCGGGAGUGCUGAUUAUUUGUGAAGCAGGCGGCACGGUAAUUGACACUAAAGACGAGGAAUAUAAUGUGAUGAAACCAAAAACAAUUGCUGCAGCAAAUGAAACACUAGCGGUGGAAAUAAAGCAACUGAUCACUGAUACUGAUCUGAGAAUAAUGAGGAAGAGAUUGACCAGGACGUGAUCAAAUUCUAAAUAGAGAAUCAGCCGGAUUAUUAUAUAUUCUAGUUAUUAUGUACUGAAUAAAAGUAUUAUUAUAUUCUUAAUAAUUUUGUUUAACCAUUGAUACCUCUUCUUCUAAAUGAAAGAACAGGAUAAUUUUCAAAAGUAAAAUAACGUAAAAGCAAUGCAAUGCUUAGAAGAAGAAUGUCAAGAUUUAUUUGGAGUAUCGAGAGACAAAGGUAAAUAACAUGAUUCAUGGAGCUUGCAAGAGUCGCAAACAAGAGCUGUGAAAAUUCUAAAUAACCGAGUAUAUUUUAAUUAAUCCUAAAAAAUAAAAUAAGGGAAUGUAAUUCUAAAAAAUUCAAAUGAUUCAUAAGAGAACCUAGAUAAUGAUUGUUAAGAAUUUGAUCGACCUAUAAAUAAAUAUCAUACAAAUGAUUUAUUCAAACUACAAAAGGAAUGUUGGUGAGCAAAAAGUUAAAAUAUUAUCUAAUAAAAAUAUUAUGGAAACUUGAUAUAUGUUUAUGAAAUUACUAAUCAAAAGAUAACCGAUACAUACUAAACAUUUACUCUUUUUAUUUUCCAAAUGUUCAUUCAAAGUUCCAUUCUCGUCAAAUAAAAAUUCCAUGAGAUAUAGAUUUCAGAAAAUUAAAUAAUUAUUAAACUAUAGUUGGAAAUAUGUUAAUAUGUUAAUGUGUUAAUAAGAUCUGUGAAAAGAUACGGAACAAUUGUAGAUCAAAUGAAGUCUCUGCAUACGUAUCCUGUUUGGAAUGGAACAUUACUUGCCAGAUAGCUACAGAUACGGAAAAGAGUAGCCGAAGGUUGGUCAAGGAAGUAUAGUGAUUCAUAAACAUUUCAAAUUAUGGCUGGAAAAAUUCACGGUCGAAUAAAUAUUACAAGCAAAAACUGAAUAAAAAUGUGUGAAUCUUGUGCAAUGAACAACAAUGAAGGACCGUGUUUUCAUUGGAAAUCGUCUAAACAUAUGGUUAUGCUUUAUAUAUAAUUUAGAAAGGAAAUGUAUUGUAUCUGGUAAAAAAAACUAGUUGAAAAGAAAAAAUAGGAUAUUAAACAAUAAAACGGCCUGAAAAUCUCAAGGAUGUAAUAAGUGACAUACUUCCAGUUAUUGAGCGUACAUUCACACAUAACAGAUGUUACAUUCAUAUUAGAAAUCGAACACUAUCAAUGGCUGAAACUUCACAUUUAAAUCAAGAUAGUGUGUAAUAAGCUAUGAAACAUAUUAAACGAAUUAGACGAUAA